AUGUGGAUCGCUGAGCCGUGUUGGUCCUCCUGCUUGAACGGAGGACGCUGCGUCCAUCCGGAGUCAUGUGACUGCAGCUUGUACCAAGCCACUGGGCACAGGUGUCAGACAGUUCCGAACCCGGGCUUUGAGCGGGAGAUGACGUGCCGGUCGUGGGGUCAGUACAACUUCGAGACCUUCGACGGCCUCUACUUCCACUUCCCGGGCCGGUGCACGUACACUCUGCUGAGGGACUGUGAGGAAAGCCCCCAGGCCGGCCUCGUCAUUCAGGUCCACAAUGACCCCGGCUGUGGCUCCGCCCCCUACACCUGCCGCCGAUCCGUCAGCCUCUUCCUCCCGUGGGACGGGGAGGUCCAGCUGCACGCCACCGACGUGACCUUCAAAGGCCAGAGUCUGCGGCUGCCCCAUCACGUCCACGACCUGCAGCUGGAGCGCAUCUCCCAGUACGUGCUGGUGACGCAGCAGCGCGGCUUCACGCUGGCCUGGGAGGGGGGCAGCGGCUCCGUCUACCUCAAGCUCAGCCCGGAGCUGGUGGGCAGGCCCUGCGGCCUGUGCGGCAACUUCAACGCCGACGUGCAGGACGACCUGAGGACCAGCUACGGGGUGCUGACCCAUGACGUAGAGAUGUUUGGGAACAGCUGGGCGGAGGCCCAGCCUCACGAGGCCCGAUGUCCCAUGGUGCCCUCUGGCUUCUCCUCGCCCUGCGCCGCGGUCGAAGCUCACGUCCUGAUGAAGGUGGAGGAGGUCUGCGCCGCGCUGAUGGAGCCGCCGUUCCACAGCUGCCACGAGUUUGUCAGCCCGCUGUCCUUCAUGGCCGGCUGCUCCAACGACCUCUGCAUGUCGGGUCCCGAAGGGGCCGCGGUAUGCCAGGUGUUCAGCGAGUACGCCCGGGCCUGUGCCCACGCCGACCACCCACUGCACGGCUGGAGGCAGCACGUUCCUCAGUGUGCCGAGCAGUGCCCGUUGGGUCUGCAGUACAGGGAGUGCAUCAGCUGCUGCCCGGCCUCCUGCAACCUGGAGCGCACCUGCAUCGACAGCAGGCUGGCCUGCCUGGACGGGUGCUACUGCCCCGACGGUCUGAUUUACGAGGACGGAGGCUGUGUGGCGGCCUCCGACUGUCCCUGCGAGUACCACGGCCUCUUUUACCCCUCCGGACAGACGCUACAGGAAGAAUGCAGCAACUGCACAUGCGUGGGCGGAGUGUGGAACUGCACCGACCACAGCUGCCCAGGCGAGUGCUCGGUGACGGGCGACAUGUAUUUUCAAUCCUUUGAUGGGCGGCUCUACACCUUUGCCGCCACGUGUCAGUACGUCCUCGCCAAGAGCCGCAACUCUGGGAAGUUCACGGUCACCAUCCAGAACGCGCCCUGUGGAGCCAACUUGGACGGUUCCUGCAUCCAAUCAGUCAACCUGGUCAUCGACGAGGAUCCGAGAACAGAGAUUACGCUGAGUCACUUGGGCGAGGUGUUCAUGGCCGGGCAGUACCGGAUCUCCCUGCCGUACUCUGACGAGCUCUUCCACAUCCAGGAGCUGUCCUCCAUGUUCCUGCAGGUGAGGACGGCCUUCGGCCUGCGUCUGCAGUACAGCUGGACGGAGUUCCGUGUCUACCUGCGGGCCGACGAGCUGUGGAUGGACGACACGGCGGGGCUGUGCGGCACCUUCAACGGCAACAUCCAGGACGACUUCCUGUCUCCGUCCGGGAUGAUAGAAAGCACUCCUCAGCUCUUUGGGAACGCCUGGAGGGUCUCGUCGGCGUGCUCCAGCAGCCCGCGUCCUCCUCAGCUCGACCCGUGUGACGCUCACCAGCAGGCCGUGGCCUACGCCUCGGAGAUGUGCGACGUGCUGAACCAGGACCUGUUCUCCGCCUGCCACGAGUACCUCAGCCCCACGGCCUUCCACCAGCAGUGUCGCUCGGACACGUGCAGGUGCGGGACGCCCUGCCUGUGCUCGGCGCUGGCCCACUACGCACGCCGCUGCCGCCGCUUCUCCGUCGUGGUGGACUUCCGGUCGCAGAUCCCCGACUGCGCGGUCUCCUGUCCCGCCACCAUGCAGUACGGCACCUGCGUGUCGUCCUGCCAGCGGCGUUGCUCCGCCCUCUCCGUCCCGCCUCGCUGCGGGGAGGAGUGCGAGGAGGGCUGCGUCUGCCCGCCGGAGUCCUUCUACAACCACCGGACGCACACCUGCGUGCACAGGAGCGAGUGUCCCUGCAGCUUCCUCGGAGCGGAUUACGAACCGGGAGACGUGAUCAUGACGUCAGCAGGUGUUCAACUCUGUCUGGACGGGAAGCUGGUGUCGCAGACGUCAGACAGCGACAUGUUGUGUCCCCCCGGUCAGCGUUACCAGAACUGCUCGGAGGGGGGCGGCGGCGUCCUGUCGUCGAGGGGCGUGGCCUGCGAGCGCACCUGCGAAUCCUCCCUGCUGAACCUCACCUGCUCGUCCCACGAGCCCUGCGUGCCCGGGUGCACCUGCCCCCCCGGCCUGCUGAAACAUGGAGGCGAGUGCUUUGAAGCAGCUUCCUGCCCCUGUCUGUGGAAAGGAAAGGAGUACUACCCCGGAGACAGGGUCUCCUCCCCCUGCCAUCACUGCGUGUGCCAGCGCGGGACGUUCCGCUGUGCGUUCCGUGCGUGCCCCGCCAUGUGCUCGGCCUACGGAGACCGCCACUACGCCACCUUCGACGGGCUGCUGUUCGACUACGUGGGCGGCUGCGAGGUCCACCUGGUGAAGAGCAGCGGCGACGUGGCGCUCAGCGUGACGGCUGAGAACGUCGACUGCCUGGACAGCGGCGUCGUCUGCAGGAAGUCCCUGGUGGUCCACGUGGGCGGAACCUCGGUGGCCCUCGGCGAGGACUCGGGGGAACCCGAUCCGUCGAGUGUGAUUGACAGGAGGCAGAGGAUGUUCACGUGGCCGGCCGGGUUCUUCACCGUGGUUCACUUCCCCGAUGAAGACGUCACCGUCCUCUGGGACCGGAAGACCACCGUCCACAUCCAGGUCGGACCCCGCUGGCAGGGGAAGCUCGGCGGACUCUGUGGGAACUUUGACACGAAGACGGUGAACGAGAUGCGGACGCCUGACAACAUCGACUCUGCGACGCCGCAGGAGUUCGGGAACAGCUGGACUUCAGCAGAGUGUGUGAGCAGUCCAGACAUCAGACACCCCUGCAGCCUCAGUCCGCUCAGGGAGCCGCUGGCAAAGCGCCGCUGUGGCGUCCUGCUGAGCGAGGUCUUCCAGGCCUGCCACCCGGUGGUGGACGUCACCUGGUUCUACAUGAACUGCCUGGCAGACACGUGCGCCUGCAGCCGGGGGGGCGACUGCGAGUGCUUCUGCACCAGCGUGGCGGCGUACGCGCAGCGCUGCUGUCACCAGGGCGUCCCGGUGGACUGGCGCUCGCCGUCUCUGUGCCCAUAUGACUGUGAAUUCUUCAACAAAGUUCUGGGUAAAGGCCCCUUCAGGCUGGUGACCUUCAGGGAUCCAAACCUGGUUCUGGCGGCCAGCGGCUCCAGCGGCUCCAGCGGCUCCGUGUUCCUGCAGCGAGGAAACGUCAGCGCCGCCGCCGGCGUCCUGCUGAGCUUCAUGCUGACGCCAGGCCUCAGCAAGGCCCGGCCGCACGACACGUCGCGGGUUUCCCUCGAGGCCGCCGACAGACCAAACUACUUCCUGUCGGCGGGCGCCGGCGGCCGGGUGUCUCUGUCCAAGUGGGAGGAGGGCGAGGCCUUCCGGGAGGGGGCCACCUUCGUCCUGCACCGGGACACCUGGAUCCCGGGCUACGACGCGCUGGAGUCCCACGCCAGGCCGGGCUUCUUCCUGCACGCCACGCCGGCCCGCCCCCACCUGCUCAAGUACCGGCACGCCGACAGCUUCCGCAAGGCCACGCUGUUCAGGCUGACGGGCCCCAGCCCGGACGCCCUGCCGGCCCCUCGGUGUCAGUGGAGGUACGAUUCCUGCGUGGUGCCCUGCUUCAAGACCUGCGGCGACCCCUCGGCUGAGGCCUGCGCCGGCAUCCCGCAAGUGGAGGGCUGCCUUCCUGUGUGCCCCCCCCACAUGGUCCUGGAUGAGGUGACCCGUCGCUGUGUCUUCUUUGAGGACUACGGGAUCAGUGAAGCCACCAGCACACAGACCACCUCGUCUAAAGCUCCGCCCCCCUCCACUACGGCGGCUCCCGACCUUUCCAGAACCCCAGCAGCCCCGUCCACACCACCGGCGCCCCCCACCGUCAGCCCCGAGGUGGAGGAACCGCCGGCUACCGUCAGAACGACUGAAGCUUCGGCCACCGCUGCGGCGUGGACGACCACGGCCGCAAGCUCCGCCCCCGGCCCCCUCGGCACCGUCACGUCCACAACGAGUAGCACUCCCCUCCUCCUCACGGCUUCCUCCUGGGUCACCCUCUCCCCCGCCGCCACGACUCCCAUAGCCGCCACGACCGCCGUGACCGCCACGACCGCCACAAGCACCACGAGCACCACGAGCACCACGAGCACCACCCUGCAGCGAUCUACCGCCACAGCACCGCCCCUCAGAACCUCCCCUCCCACGGAGGCCACAACCCAUUCAGUAGUCACUGCGGUGGUCUCAGGCACUUUAGUUACUGACCGGACCACUGCUCCCAGUUCAACCUCCGUCACCUCCUCGCCCGGCUCCAUCUCCCCUCCUGGUGAAACAGGAAGUACCUCUUUACCCGCCGUCACCACAGAACCAGUCACACCAGUUGCACCUUUCACCCCCAGUCAAACAACACCUUACACAACGACACCUGGUGCCACGGAGACGUUUCUGCACACUGAACCCCCGACUUCUACAGCAGCUGUUCCUGAGAUAGCGGCGUCUUCUACGGCCGGCGCUGCAUCGACUCCACCUGCUCCACCUGCUCCCUCCUCAGCAGACUGGAGAACAACGAAGAAAGCCACCGCACCUCCACCCAUAAAGGUCACCGACAUCCUAACUCCCCCCGUGUCCAGCACCACCUCCUGGUCCGUCACCGGCCCGACAGCGGAGAAGACCACAGCGGCUUCCAGACCCCCGGAGGUGUCCACCGCGUCCUCGGGUCCUCCUGGCACCGCGAGACCGACCACUGCGUCCGUGUCUCCUACCGGAAACACCACUGUGUCGCGUCUACCGACGCCAGAGAGCUCCGCCCGUCCGGCUUCUACCGCUCGGGUCUCCGAGCCGUGGCAUUGGGACGCCUCCUCCACCUCGAAGACGCAACCGGAGGUUACGUCUAAAACUGUCCUCCUCGAAGUCCCUUCAGCGGGAACUACCGAGGCGCCUCGCCUUCCCGCAGCGUCUAAGCCGCCUGUGACUUCUGUCACCGCUGCUGCAACCGCCAAAACCGCUACGCCCUCGGAAAUCGUAGCCACGACAACUAAGACACUGACCUCUCCUCCACCUACGCCCGGCGUCCCUGAGACGCUUCUCACCACCACCUCUACAAGACCUCCGCCGGGUGUUUUGACCACCACGCUGAGACCCGUCACAGUGCAGCCGGUUACCAAGACAACGCAUCCGUUGACCGGCAUGGCGGAGGAGUCAACCAGCAGGGUAGAGGAGACGACCAGCAGGGCGGCGGUUUCGCCAAUGACGCCGACUCCGUCUCGGUCCCCGCCGCACACAGCGACCACGUCCACCGCGGCUCCUCCGGGGUCGACGACUAUCCAGGACGUAGCCACCACCCAUUCGGUGUCCACUGAAAGAUUUACGGCGACCAGCACCACCCAAACAACCCCAGCCGGGUCGACACCCGGGGUUCCCGUGACAACACGGGUUACACCGAGAAUCACGACGCCCGAGAGGCCCUCCAUCAGGCCGGUCACCGCAGGGGUUACCGUAGCAACGAGCCCCUCAACAUCGGCAACCGGAUCGUCCACUGCCAGGCCCGGAAUGACGACCGCGUCCGGGUUUCCGUCUGCCGGGCCGGUCGCCACGUUGAGCUCGAUCACGUCAUCGACUCCCGACCUCACCGCCGUCGGGGCGCCGGCCCCCGUUACGGUCGCGGUGACUACGGCCGUCUCCACGACAACGGUCAGAGAGCCGGCCACACUCGAGGGAAUCCUGACGACCACGGCGUCCCGGCCGGCGACGCCCCCGCCCGACGCUCACCUCGUCUCUACGCAGAAGCCCGUCGCUACCACGUCACCCCCAGCAGCCACCUCAGUCCACACCACCAAUCACACCAGUGCGGCGAGGCCUUCCGCGUCGUCGACGUCGCUCUACGCGCCUUCGGGGACGACCGGACACGCGGCGGAGGUGACCACGUCCAGGGCUACACGGAUGUGCACACCGCCGUACGCGGAGAUAAUCGACGACUGCACCAAGUUCAUCUGCGUCAACAACCAGCUCGUCCUCUUCAACAAGUCCCAGAGCUGCCCCUUCCCCUCCGGCCCCCCGAACUGCGGCCUGCUGGGCUUCGCCGUGCUGGUCAACGGAGACAAGUGCUGCCCGAUGUGGGACUGUCCAUGUCGCUGCUCCGUGUUCCCGGACCUGAGCGUCAUCACGUUUGACGGGAACAGCGUCGCCGUCUACAAGGCCGCCGCCUACAUCGUGACCCAGCUGCCCAACGAGACCGUCAGCGUCCUGGUCCAGGAGUGUCCCGUCGACUCGGAGUCUCCGCUGCUCUGGAACUUCACCAACUUGUGUCUGGUGGCGAUUAACAUCACGCACCGAUCCGACCACAUCAUCGUCAACAGGCUGCAGCGGCGGCUCUACGUCAACUCGCGCUACGCCAAGCCCCGCUUCAAGAAGUUCGGCUUCGAGGUCUACGACACGGGGAACAUGUACCUGAUCCGCAGCCCGGCCGGCCUCAAGCUGCAGUGGUACCACAGCACCGGCAUGCUGGUGAUCGACACCGACAGCUCGGGCAGCAAGCUGCACGCCAUGGGCCUCUGUGGCUUCUGUGACGGGGACCCGUCCAACGACCUGACUCUGGCCAACGGCUCCACGGUGGGCGCCGGCGAGGAUCCGGACGUGUUCAUCGACAGCUGGCAGGUGCCCAACACCACCAGCUACGUCAGCCACAGCCGUCGCCGCCCGCUCAACUGCUCCACCAGCGACUGCUCCGCCUGCCUGCUGAUGCUGCAGGACGAGGCCUUCCAGCCCUGCAGCGCCUUCGUCCCGCCGAGCACCUUCUGCGAGGUCUGGGUGCGCGACGAAGAGUACGUGAACAACCAGUGCGUGGCGCUGGCCGCCUACGUGGCUUCCUGCCACAAGUUCCACAUCUGCAUCGAGUGGAGGAGACCGGACUACUGCCCCUUCUCCUGCCCCGAGGCGCUGCGCUAUCAGGCCUGUCUGCCCGCCUGCACCUCGCAGUCCUGCCCCAACCACGACUUCGACUCGGACCCGGACCAGUGCUCGGGCCUGACGGAGGGCUGCGUGUGCCCCGAGGGAACCCUCCUCCACCGGCCCUACUCCGCCCUCUGCAUCCCCCCGGACAAGUGUGCCUGCACCGACAGCGCCGGCGUUCCCCGCGCUCACGGCGACGUGUGGAAGGCCUCCGAGGCCGCCUGCUGCAUGUACCGCUGCGACAACGACGCCGUCCUCCCGGUGGAGUACGACUGCUCCGCCGCGCCGCCGCCGCUGUGCCUCCGGGCCGCCGAGGUCCUCGUGGGCCUCGCCGACGACGCCAGCUGCUGCCCGCGGAAAGUCUGCGUGUGUAACCAGAGCCUGUGUGACUCCGCCCCCCCGCGGUGUAAGUACGGGGAGAAGCUGGUGUCGUACUACAGAGCCGACUCCUGCUGCCCGGACUACGUGUGUGAGUGCGAUCCCGACCUCUGUGAGUCGGACGUUCCCGCCUGCCGAGGCGACCAGACGGCGAUCGCCACCAGAGCCGAAGGCAGCUGCUGCCUCGCACACAUCUGCAUGUGUUCUUCCUGCCUGGAGGCGCCUCCGCUCUGCCAGGACGGCGAGGUGCUGACGGUGGACGGGAACGCCACGGAGCGCUGCUGCCCCGCCUACCAGUGUGUGUGUGAGCCCUACAGGUGUCCUGUGCUGCUCUGUCCCGUUGGGAUGUCGGUGGCGUCCCGCUCCAGGCCCGGUCGCUGCUGUCCGAACCAAACAUGCGAGUGUUCCUGUGAGAAGAUCGUCUCCCCUAAAUGUGGCCUGGGGGAAGCCGCCCAGCUGGACCGGGCCUCGCUGUCCGACCCACAGAACCAGUGCGCCUGCAAAAGAUACAAGUGUGUGCGCGAGGCGGUGUGUGUGUUCGGCGAGCGCGGCGUGCUGCGUCCGGGUCAGACGCUGGUGGAGCGCCACGCAGACGGAGUGUGUCACAGCCGGCAGUGCAGCCGCAGCCUGGACCCGACCAGCGGCUUCCACCUGCUGCGCAGCGCCAGCAUCAACUGCUCCGCCCACUGCCGCCCGAACCAGAUCUACGUCCCUGCGAAGGACCAGACUACGUGCUGCGGGGUUUGUAAGAACAUUUCGUGCCUCUACGAACACGAGAACGGGACAUCUGUCCUCUUCAAGCCGGGGAAGUCGUGGGUAUCGAACUGUGUGAAGUUCGACUGCGUGGACACUCUGUCGGGGCCGACGCUCAUCUCGUACUCCUACAGCUGCCCCCCCUUCAACGAGACCGAGUGCAUGAAGGUCGGCGGGACCGUCGUAAGUUACGUGGACGGGUGCUGCAAGACGUGCAAAGAAGACGGGAAGUCGUGUCAGAAGGUCACGGUGAGGAUGACCAUCAGGAAGAACGACUGCCGCAGCAACAGGCCGGUGAACAUCGUGUCAUGUGACGGGAAGUGUCCGUCUGCCAGCAUCUACAACUACAACAUCAACACCUACGCUCGCUUCUGCAAGUGUUGCCGGGAGACGGGUCUGCAGCGGCGCUCUGUGCAGCUCUACUGCAGCAGCAACGCAACCUGGGUCAGCUACAGCAUCCAGGAGCCCACCGAGUGCUCCUGCCAGUGGUCCUGAUCUCACACACACACACACGCACACACACACACACACACACACACACACACACACACACACACACGCGACCGCUGUUCAGAUCCUAUUGCAUCACAACGCAGAAGAAGAAACCUCAGCCAUGUUGCUUUAGUUGAGAGAGUAGAAUACUGAGCCCCGAUUGGCUGCUCCGGUCAGGUGUUCUGCUGCCUCCGCUGGCAGGGAGGUGGUACUGCACGGCACAGAAGCUCGACCUUUGACCUUUUAUAUAUGCUGUCGCAGAAGUGAUUAAAGAAACACUUGUGUCGACCUUUUGGUUCAUUAGAAAAUGUCGAAUUUUAUUUUAAUAAAGGAAUUCUUAUGGCUGAUUUUAACAGACUAAAACUAAGAAUGUUCUUGCUGUGAAACCUGUGAGAAUAUCCUUCUCUAAUGUGCUCUAAUACAUCAAAAUAUAUAAAUAAUGAAUAAAAACUGCAGUGAAGUCCGUCUGCAUUUUAAAAUAUCAAUAAAAAAAAUUAAUAAGAUCCCAUUUUAUUUUUUUAUUGAAAAAUGUAUUUUUAUGGGCAAAAAUUCUCUGGUAUAUAUUUGAAAAAAAGAUUAUUAGAGCACAGAAACAAGUGGUGACAGAUGUCUGUUCUCAUUUUAAAGUGAGUGGAUUCUUUUGUUCUUUUUUUAACUCCUCUAAAAACCCCGCAGCAGAGAGGUCAAAGGUUUCACGGCGCCUGCAGACAAAUAAAAGGUCACACGUGCUGCCGUGACUCGAAGGCUUUAAAGGACGAGGGCGUGACGUGGAUCAGGACACCCGGUUCAGUCCGGUGUCAUCAGCGGUCACAAUUUACCCAGAAUUCCUGAUGUCGUGCCUUAUUUUUUUUGUAAAUAUCUUUUUUUUCGAUCAGAUUGUUAGAUGUUUUACUUUUAGAACGGUAAUAAAGUGUAUAUUCAGUGAUGUGAAUUAUACUUGAUAUAAUCAACACUAGAGAGGUGUAUUAACUGAUUUAAAUCCAGCUGUACGUGGAGCACUUUAUUUAUUUAUUGGUAGAGCGCAGACGUGAAGAGAAGCAUUCGACCCGCUUGUACCUCCAGACUACCACGUGGAAACAAAAAAACAACUAUCCAAACGUGACAAAGUGACAAAAACAGUUGAUUUAAAGAGGAUUUGUAUCAUAAAAAUGUACAUUUGCAUUUUCAAUAAAUAUUUCCUGGAAAAUA